AUUAAACACAAAGAAACACAGUAGUGUUGCAUGUCGAGUCACCGAUGGCUGUAUAUUUGUCGUGUUACUACCAAAGAUGGUGCUAAAUGUUGUCGCGCUAUUGAACUUGGUGCUCGCUGCACACGCAGUGUUACCAAGUGUUUAUAUCAAUAAUAAAAAAUUAAAACUGAGCCAAUCGCCUAAAAAUUCGUUGAUAUGGGCCAAUGCAACAUACGAGUUCAGAGAAAAUGAGAUGGCUUACGUGCAAUGUUACGUGAGAGAUCUAGGCAUUAUAACUUUUAAAGUGAAAGAUGAACCGGAUUUAGCGGUAUACAUAAACACCACGAGUAUAAAUAUGUAUAUGAGGAUGAAGCCGGAGAGAGAUGGGAAGUAUAUAGAUUGUCAUCACAAUGUAGCUGGCGUGGAGUCCAUUGUGCGGGUGCUGCUGAAGCGACAGCCGACCAGCACAAGUCAAGACGCAGAGGGAUCGGACAAUGAGGAGAUUCUUUAUUGUUCUUCAGAGUGCACAAGAUCAUCAGUAACUGCCAUAAAGAAUCCAAACGGUAUACAAGGGUUGAAUUUUUCGAGAGUACUUUUCAUUUAUUAUCCCUUUGAGGGUUAUCAGGAAAUACAUUAUGAAUACAAGGAUCAAGAAUCUUUAGACAUCACGUGGGACGUCAGCCUGAUAGCUUCUAAGUCAAACGAAUACACAGUUUAUUGGAAAGAUAAAUUAGUGUCUUCAUUCCCGGUUAUUAAAACUGUGUACGACUGCAGAGUAUCCUUAAAGUUUAAGCCGAUGAUCCUAACGGCUGACGAUGAUCGCAGCAUCAUUAAAUAUUGCAAAUCGAUAAAUGACAAAUAUCGAUCCGACCAUGAACAAUUAAGAAUAAUAUUAAGACGAAUAUCCGACACAAAGGGCAUGGAACAGGAAGACAACUGUAUCCAGUUAUCAAUAUUCAUUCCGGUUGGAGUCCUCUGUUUCCUUGCAGUCAUAUUGAUCACAGUAAUGUGUGUUAUAGUAAAAAGGAAGACGAAAGUAUCCAGGAAUGUAACUGACAACCCUAGUUAUGGAGAUCUCGAAAGCGAAGAGUCGGUAAAUCCGUUUCCGUCGCAGUGGGAAACCUACGCUAAUGUAAUGGAGAGGAGAUAUCCGGACGCUAACAGCAUGGGGCGGCUGUACGCGACGCCGCUGCCCAAGAGCCAAAGGAAGGGUCAGCAGAAAGAUAUGUACGUGAACUCGAACGCAACCGCCGCGCCCGUUGCGGAGGGAUUGUACAGCGUGGUCGAGCGGUGCAGUGCACAAGAGCACGCGCCGCGCAUACAAUAAAAUUAUUAAAUUAUUUGAAAAUUUCAUGAAAUUAAAUAAUACCAAAAAAAAUUAAAUAACAGGUACAUACAGGUACUUUGGAGUCGGUGACAAAUUAAAGUUUAACUUUGUAUAUUGUUUCCAUAUAUGUAUUGAUCUUACUUAGCCAGCAAUUUUAUUAUACCAAAAUUGGUAACCUGUACAUGCCUGUUGUAUGAAAUAAUUUGGUUUUUGAAGGCGGUUUAAUUAAUGUUAAAAAAGUUUUUAUUUUUUGUGUUAGUUAUAACAACUAGCUUCCUCGGUGGCGUAGUUGUAUUGCGCACACGGCACGACUAUCGCACUGAGUUGUAAUUUGCUCCCGUGGGACAUAACGGGAUUUUUAUAUAGAUGUCACUGGCAUUAUUUUGGCACUAGAAAUCGCUACAGUGUGAAUUAGGGAAUUACGGGACGGGAUGUAGAAAGAAUAAAGCAAAAUAUUAAUUUGUAACAAGCAAGAUUACAAAAUAAUAUAAAAAAAAACUUUUUUUUAAUGUAUAUUUAUUUCGUGGUUUUAUCCAUAAGGACAUUGCAACCCCGUCGAAACUAACAUUAACAAGCACAAUAAAUGAAAAUAUAAUUUUA